AUGGCUCAGCAAGACUGGAUCAAUGCAGAGCCCAUGCACCAAAAGGCGCCGCUUGAACUUGAGGAGCGCGAAGAGCUUGAAGCAAAAGAGGCCGCUCUGGAGCGUUGGCAGCUGGGCCUAGCAACCAAAUCCUCUUCUUUGUGCGAGCGGGAGUUGGCUCUUCAAGCGAAAGCUCGUCAGAUCGAGGCGAUGCAGACUGCCGUGGAAGCGGCCAGGCAGAAGCUUGAAGAGAGUCAUGUGACGAAGGAAGAGGUCGAACUUCAAAUGGCAGAGUUGGAAGCGAAGCUUGCAAGAAGGCUUAGUCCCGGUGAGAUUGAUCCAUCUUGCAAGGUGAUCUUCGAGAUGCGGGAGGAGCUUGAGUUCUGGCGGCAAGGAUUUGAAAGAUCGCGCAGCAUGCUCUCACAUUUCAACUGUGAUGCAGCCCAGUUCUUCGAAGAUGAGACGUUGAUCGCUCCAAUGCAGCGAUUGCUAGUGGCAACUGCCAGGUCCCACGAUCAAGACCAUCGAGGUCAGCCUAGCAGGUGCAGGCCCAUGUCCAACGCGAAAGUGCGGCAGGUGUUGCGUGUAGUGAACCCAAGAUUGUGGCACCAGUAUGCAGCAAGUGUGAGGCAGGUGUCAAUGCAAUGCGACGCCCGAGGGCCACCCAAGCAAACCAAGCUGUCAAGGGAGAUGAGCCUCUUGAGCAAGGAGGCCUUUCAGAUGCCCUGCGGAGGCAAUCGCAGCCUGGGAGCUGCCUAUUGGAUCCAACUGGAUGAGAAAGCCAACGAGGUGCUUUUGUUCCAUGGAACGCAGGCCCAGAAUGGGCAGCUCAUCGCAACCACAGGCUUCGACAAGAAGCGAAUCAGGAGCGGGCGGUAUGGAUCAGGUUUUUACUUUGCUUGUGAAGCUUGCAAGUCCUUCCAGUACUCUAUUCCAGACGACAGCAGCAGCCACCACUGUAUUGUUGUACGUGUGGCCCUGGGCAAAGCGCGCUUCACAACGACACCGCUGCAAGGCUUCAAGGAUGAGAUCCUCGGCAACAGCUCGCAUUCCGUCGUAGUCCUGCCUGGGUCGCAAGGAGGUCCUCCUGAUCAGUAUCAUCACGAGUUUGUUAUCUUCGAUGAGCGUCAAGCAUUUCCGGAGUUCAUUGUUUACUUCGAUGUUUGA